AUGGCGAAGAACGCACCUCUUGGCCUUGCAGGCCUGGUCCUCAUGGCAGUUUCACUGCUCCUCCUUUGGUUCAUUGUUCUGUCUGGACUGACUUCAACCACUCCAUUUGACAAGACGUAUUUCCUCCGCGCCGACACGAGCGAUAUCACUGGGGCUCGUGACACUACGCAAUGGAACUUCUUUUAUAUUUGUGGCGCCGGGAACAACGACUGCGAUGGUGCUCGCGCUGCUCCUGUCAUCGGUCGAGCUUGGGACUCUAACCCUCGCAAUGCGCCCAGCUCGCUCGUCGGCGGUCGCGCCGGCGACACUACCUCCAACCGCCAGUUCUUCCUCUGGAGGUUCGGCUGGGUCUUCAUCCUCAUCACCCUGUUCUUCGAGACCAUUGCCUUUUUCACCGGCUUCAUUGCCUGCUGCGGCCGUCUCGGCGCCGGCAUCUCUGGCUUCGCGUCCAUGUUCGCCCUGUUCUGCUCCUCUGUUGCUAUGUCCCUGAUGACUGCUACUUGGGUUCUCGCCCGCAACGCUUUCAAGAGUGCGGGUCGUUCGGCCUCAAUCGGUCGCUACGCCUUUGGUUUUGCUUGGGCCUCCUGGGCUGCUCUUUUCAUCGCCACCGUUCUCUUCUGCCUCGGCAUGCGUGGUGACAAGGGCUCCAGCGGCGGUUACAGCGGUCGCUCAUGGCGUCGCAGACGCAGCGUUCGCAGCACCAACGGUUACGAGGGACGCCGUGUGAAGGACGACUACUCUUAA